GUUUGUUCAGCUAUGGUCGCCGCGGGCCAUGUCAGAUAGUUAGCUUAUGCUUAUCUCUGCUACUUUAGAGUGGGAGUGUUGGCGAGAGCAGUCCGUGCGGCUUUCAAUGUAUGUCGGUGCCCAGUAUCCGUGACUUCUUCUCUUUGGCGCCGAAGAGCCAGGCCGCACUUGCUGAAAGCGGAACUGCGUUCUCCCUGAACCACUACCCAGCUGCGCCAACUAAAAGUAAAGGCGGGCCCGCGAGCACUACCAGCACGACUUUCUCAAGUCUGUACAAAGAAGAAAAAACUGAUCGUGCCGCCACGCCCACGCGCAGGACUUCUAGCGCCUCGAGUCGGGCGCCAUCAUCCUGUGCGGCAGCAAGCUCUUAUCGAUCCCAGGCAGGGCGGGGCAGUUCCCCAAACAAGGAGUUUGCGCGCACUUUCUCACCCGUGAUCAAGAGAAGUAAGAGCGGAGCCUCUGCAACAUCAACACCGUUGGUUUCUGCAACCACAACCGGCGGCGCAGCAGCUAUGUCCAUGUCGUCCAAAAAUUCCUGUGUCAUGCUGCACAGCAGUAGAUCCACGUCGUCGCUGUCGCCGGAGAAGAGACUGCGGAUCGAACAGGAUGAAGAACAGCAACUGCAGAAAGCCAGGCAUCGCGGAGAAGUAUUUAUCUAUGCUAGCGAUCACGAUCAUGUUCAUGAAAGUAGAUCGGUUCGUGGCUGCUACAGUCCGUUGUUGUCAUGCAGAAGUGCUAUCACUUUCACUGACUUUGACUUUGUGUAUUGUCUUUCGCUCGAUCAAACAAAAACAUCAAAUGCCCAUAGACAUACAAAUGCACUGAACAACAUCAAAAAACAGCUCAAGUCCCUUUCCGACCAGUAUGACAUGAAGCUACAGGACGCCAGUCACGACCUGAAAAUGUUGGAGGAAGAGAAUAAAAAACUCCACGUCGAGCUAAAACUCCAACAAGACGACCAUGUGUCCGAACUACAGGAGUUAAAAGAUCGGGAAAAGGACCGCGGCGAAACGAUGGCGCACUUGGAAAAGAAACUGCAUUUGUUGAAAACGGAGUACGACCAGGAAAAGCGCAGCAUUGUGAUGGAGAAGAAUGAGCUACAGGUGCGACGUACACUUGACGAAGAUGUCUUCUGUUGACUUCAGAAGGAUGAAUGAGCGCUCUGUUUGCAAAUUGCCAUCGCGCGGUUUGUGUUUCAUUUGUAUUUUGGAUCGAAAUCUCCAAAACUUGUACCUGACGAAACGGAAACGAAAAAUGAACAUAAGGUCGAGCUUGACAGUCUUCGGGAUAUGCACAAGUCCUACGUCGAUCUUUACACCAGCAUUCUGCAGAAGAAGGACGAGAGCUACUCCCGACAGAUCUCCGAACUGGCACAGGAUCUCGCGAAAGACAAGGAAGAAGCCCUGCGGGUACUGGAAUCCCAGAAGAAACAGCUAGAAGCGACCGUGGAGAGCGAAAAGACAAAGCUUGGACGUAUUACAUAAAAAGCUUCUAGUGUUUGAUUUAAGUUUGACUCACUUGUGAAACAUCAUUUUUUAUGUCGUGAUGAUCAUGAUCUGGAGGAUGAUGUUGCCGGUCUGUUUGGGCAACAGUCAAGAUGAAAAUCGUGCUACGUGAGCAAUGGUGCUUUACUGUUUAUCUUGAGAUGUCCCGCCCCCCACUUACACACUCUCUCACAGAGGAACGGCAGCUGCUACUCAUUGAGCUGAACACGGCCCGGCACCAGUGUGAGGAGCUCCGGACGCAGUUGCACGCAAAGGACCGCGAACAGGAGGAAUUUCUGAAGGACUUCUCGCUGCGAAACUUCGCCUCCCCGUUUUUCGCUUCGUCUGCCGGAACGGGAACAGCAGCGGGAGUUUCUGGUGACGCGCAUCAUAAAUCUGGAACUACGACGAUGAACACCAGCAGCUCGAUGCUGCCGUCAAAUAGUUCCUCCCACCAGAAUUUCAACCUCCACCAGUCCCUAACAACCAAAACGGCCCUGAAAAAGCUGCUGCAGGACCAACAAAACGAGCUGGACCGGAUGGAGGACCGCCGGCAGAAAGAGUUGAAUUCCGCCCGGCAGAAGUUGAAGCUCCUCGAGAAAAACUACGAGAUGAACCUGGAGAAGUUCAAAUUGGACUUCGAGGAGAAAAUGCGGCUGAAGGUCGAGGAAACGCGACAGAAGUGCAAGCAGCUGCACGAGAUCGAGUUGGCGGAGACCGACGAGAAGCUUUUCGCCAAGGAGAAGGAGAUGCGGAAGGAGUUCGAGAAGGCACUGGAGAAGCAGUUGGAGAAGCAUUUGGAAAUCAAGGAAACGGACAUGAAAGCGAUGAAGCUCGAGUUCGAGCUAUCCCGAGUAAAAAUGCCCUCACACCAGAGUCAAGAUGGGAAAUCUGCUACACAAAUCCGUGCACUUUGGCUGUCGUGCAUGACAAGUUUGGGCUCGCAAUGCCAAUGUAGUAGUCUCGUAUAGCUAGGGCAGCAGCAUCACAGAUCCAGUUUGUCGCGCUGGUUCGAGCAUGACAAAUCUCAAAUCACCUCUAGAAAACGCCUCGCAUGAGCCUCCGCAUGAGAAACAUUUUAAGCAUGCAGAUUUGCAUUACAACUCGCGGGUGGGGACGUUUUUACACAGGAUACGAGCGGCAGUUGAAGGACAUCGAAAAGAAGUACGACGACCAAACCUUUCUGAAAUUGAAGAAGUGGGAGGAGGAAAAGAAACUGAACGAAAAAAACGCGAGUUACGAAAAAUACGAGCUGGAGCAGCUGUGGGCGGACAAGGUGAACCUGUUGCAGGAGGAAAUGCAGGCGGUGUUGGAAAACGCAAAGCACUACGAGGCGAAGAUCAAGCUGGUUGACGCCACCUGGCGGGCCUGCUACCGCCAGGUGAAACAUUUGCGGUGUGUGCAGGAAGCAUUCCGGCCCGCGUUGAGGAAACAAUUCGGAGGUGGUGGUAAUCGGAAGGAACAGCAGACGCCGGGAGGAGGACACCAGGGGUUUCAGCAUCACAGCCAGCAGCCAGCAUCUAUGUCGCGAAACAGUUCUUCCAAUCGACAUUUGUCAGUAGCGGGCGCUGGUGGUACUGCGAGCUCGGCGUCCUCCAACUACGCGAAUUCACGCUCCUUUCAACAAGUCCACGACGCAGUCUCCUUCGCAGAGGAAAAUGAUGAGUUUGGUAUGGACCACCUGAGCGCGAGAAAUAGCAGACCCUCUGCCGGGCAGGUAGCAGCGUCGACGGCGCCCGGAAAUAAACCUUCUGUGGCUACAGCUAGCCAUGAAAUCCGCAGCGGUCCGACGCUUUUGCAAGUAGAUGACUUUGAUGUCAUGACGGGAAAUCACAAUCUCAAUCAGCAGAAGCAGUGGCAGAGUCUGAGUGGCAAGAUGGCGGCGACGACGAAAAACUCCGACUCUCGCCGGUCCUUCACGCCGAGCAGAAGAGACCUCCAGGGAGCGCCGUCGAUGUCUAUGGGCCAGAGCAACAUCACCUCGUCAGCUAACAACUCUGGUCAGAGCCGUUCGGGUUCGGUGAACCGCAGCCGACCGGUUUCGGUAGCCGAAAAGACGACUGCAAUCAGUAGCAUUCGGAGAUCCGCUAGCCUGCGACUGCACUCCACCAAUUCGGCGCGGUGAUGGACGGGAGGUUUUCGCAUUGGGGGUGUUGAUGUAUGAUGGUCGAUCUCGUGGUGUGUUGUGAUCUUUUUAAUAUGGCUUUUCAAUCUACUUUGAGAGCACUUCAUAUUUUCUACAUGUACGAUUGCUCAAAUGUUGCUGCAUUACCAGCAUUUUGAUUUUCAUUUUCUAAGUUAGAUUAGUGCAUGCCCAGUGACCUACGUAUGUAAUCAUGAAUACGACAGAGAAAUAAAGCUACUUCCGUGAUAGUGUAAGCUCAAGCUGCGAACUUACCUAGUGACUACGAGAAGCUGAAACAUGAAUAUAAUCAAAAGACGCGAUACAUGUAUCGACGUGGAAGCAAGAUCAAGACUCAAGUUGGAAGACAGAGAAGCUAGAGUUCCGCCUACUCCCAGCCGGCGGCAUUUGUGACAUAGGUAGAGUGCUUGCCUAAGUGUAGUCGGAUCACAAUGAAUACUGGGCGUUGCCCCACCACACCCCGACGAAGAGCAUGUGGCAAACGAGCACUUCUGCCGUAUUCGCCGAUGUUUGUUCGCUAACAACCGCCGAACAGUCGGAAGUAGGAGACCACCGGCGCCGCUAUUCUUUUUAUUAGCCUUCCGCUCGCGAGUCACUAUAUAUUUUCU